AGCAGAACAUACAGUACAACCCACUGCAUGUUGUGACGGUUCCCCAGUCGGCUGAUUUCAGAUCUAGUGGGACCUGCGCAUCUUGUCAAACUGUCUGCCGGAAGAACAGGAAUCUUCAUGUGCACGGAGACAGAGUAAAGAAAGAGCAGUCAGUGAAGAUGGAGGCUGUUUGGCUUCUGUCACUGGUGUCGUUCCUGUGGGUGCCAUCAUGCACAGCUCAGAAACCUGAUACAGCAUCCCCCUUUGCAGAUGUUGUGUUUUUAAUUGAUAGUUCCCAGCAGGUCGAGGGUGAAUUGUUUAAGCAGGUGAAAAACUUCCUUAUCAAAGUUGCAGGAGACCUGGAUAUCGGAACUAAUAAAUACCGCAUAGGUAUCUCGCAGUUCAGCGAUGAUGCCAAGGAGGAAAUUUUUCUCAACACAUUCAAAACAAAGAGUCAAGUCAUAAACUACAUCAGAAAGAAUUUCGUUCACAAGGGUGGAAAUCUGAAAACUGGCACUGGGCUCACGCACGCAUACAAAGUGCACUUCAACGAGUCCUUUGGGAGUCGCAAGGGUGAAGGGUACCCUCAGUUUUUAGUUGUUGUGACCUCUGGAAAGUCGCAGGAUGAUAUUCAGCAAGCUGUUACCACGAUAAAAAACGAAGGGGUCAAAAUCAUAGCCAUAGGACUUCAGAAUUCUGACCCUAAAGAGUUGAAAGAAAUGGGCAUGCCUCAUUUAACCUUCCAGAAUGUUUCUCUCAUAAAGCUCUCACAGAAUAUGACCAACAUCAUCAAAAAUGAAGUCCAGAAUCACCUUGAACUAAUGGGCGAACCACCAGCCGUGUGCAAUAAGUCAAAAAUCGCAGAUAUCGUGUUUUUAGUUGACAAUUCUACCGACAAUGGGAUCCGAAACUUUUUGCAGAUUCAGUCUUUCCUGUAUAAAACUGUUAGUUCCUUCAACGUGUCCAACAGCACCAUGAGGAUUGGCCUCGCAAUGUACUCUGACCAGCCUCACGUGGAGUUCUACCUGAACAGCUACGGACGUCGGGAGGACGUUCUGCAGCACAUAAAGGAACUGAAGUACAGUGGAGCUGGAGGGAUUUCCAAUACGAGUGCAGCCUUACGGUUUGCAGCACAGAAGCUUUUUACAAAAGAAAAGGGUAGCAGAACAGCUGUACACAAAAUUGCAGUUCUGAUCACGGAUAACCAGUCCACCGACAAUGUGAGUGAGGCAGCCACUGCUCUUCGCCGUGCCGGAGUGACGGUCUUCGCUGUGGGAAUCCAAAAUGCUGACAAAGACGAGCUCAGUCAAAUUGUGUCACAUCCUCCAGGAGAAUACCUCUCCACUACAAAGACUUUCUUACAGUUAUCAGGACUUCAAGAGUUUAUAGCAACCAAGAUUUGCUCUUUCAUCAUCAGAGGAGUAACUAAUGUCCCCGAAGAAACCCACAAGCUGAAAAGAGGAUGUUUAAAACAAGAAGCAGAUAUAUAUUUUCUUAUUGAUGGGUCCACAAGUAUCGGAAGAAAUGAUUUUGAAGAGGUUAAGACAUUUCUAAUUGGUGUGGUUGAUGUCUUCAACAUUGGACCUGAUCAUAUCCGUAUUGGAAUAGCCCAAUACUCAACUGAUUACCACUUGGAAUUCAGAGAAACUGAGCACAGCAGCAAGAAAAAAGUGCAAGGUGCCAUUGAAAAUAUCCGCCAGCAGUAUGGAAACACAUAUACAGGAAAAGCUCUCGGUAAAAUGCAGAAAUGGCUGAAAACAUCAGUAAAAAUAAAACCAUGGAAAGUACCUCAGUUCCUUAUAACCUUAACUGAUGGUGCUUCACAUGAUCCUGUGGAUGUAAAUAUGACUUCAGAACAACUGAGAAGAGAUGGAGUUAUCACUUAUGCUAUUGGUGUUGGUGCAGCAGUUGAAAAAGAACUUAAAGCAAUUGCAGGGUCAGAUCACAGGUACAAGUAUACGAAGACGUUUGAUUUUCUGAAAGAUAUAAAGAAUGAUAUUGCUCAGGAUAUCUGUUUUGAAGAAGCUUGCAAGAAAAAUCAAGCGGACAUUGUCUUCCUAAUUGACAGCUCAGGGAGCAUUAAAUCCGAAGACUACCAAAAGAUGAAGGAUUUCAUGAAAAAGAUCAUUCAAAAGUUAGAUAUUGGAAGAGACAAAGUGCGUAUUGGUGCAAAGCAGUACUGUCACCUAGAACAGGAUGAAUUUGAACUGGAUGAUUACUCUCAAGCAUCGGAUUUAAUGAAGGCUGUUGAUGGCAUGAACCAGCUAGGUGGAGGAACUCUGACUGGACAAGCCCUUCAUUCAGUAUCUAAAAAUUUUCAAAAAGCACGUAAGGACGUCAAUAAGAUCCUUAUUGUAAUAACAGAUGGUGAAGCUCAAGAUGAAGUUCUACAACCUGCAGCAGCUCUGCGAAAUGAGGGGAUUUUUAUUUUCUCAAUUGGUGUUUUUGGUGCAAAUUAUGUUCAGCUGGAGGAAAUAAGUGGCUCCCCGGCAAACAUCUUUUACAUUCAGAAUUAUGAAGCUUUAUUUGGGAUAUUAGAUAAGGUGAUCUUUAGUAUCUGCAUUCCCAAGGAAGAAUGCCUGGACAUAAAUGUUGCAGAUAUAAUGUUUGUCAUAGACACCUCUUCAAGUAUCUCACCCACCAACUUUGAAAGCAUGAAGGACUUCAUGUAUGCUGUGGUAAAUAACUCGGACAUUGGCGAAGAUAAAGUACGGAUUGGGGCCACCAGGUACAGCAAUCAGACUGAGAAAGUCUUUGAUUUGAAAGAAAACUUUGACAAGCAAUCACUCAUUCAAGCAAUCAGAGGGAUGACGCAAUUAACAGGAGAGACGUACACAGCAGCAGCCAUGAACUUUUCCAUGGAGCGUUUGGGAGAAGCUUUUGGGGGGCGGAAGAAGGUCUCCCAGUUGCUUGUGACAGUGACAGAUGGAAAAUCCCACGACAGGAGUCUUUUGAACGAAACAUCCCAGUACAUCAGACAAUCUGGUAUUAUCACCUAUGCUAUUGGAAUAAAGAAUGCAUCGGAAGAUGAACUUCUGGUCAUUGGAGGCUCUGAAGAUCAUUACUUCUAUGUGGAAGACUUUGAUAAGUUGAAAGAUAUAUAUAAGAACUUUUCGUCAAUAAUCUGUAAAACUACCCCACCAUAUUGUGAACAUGGGGAGGUGGACAUUGUCUUCUUAAUUGAUGGUUCUAGCAGCAUUGACCCAGGAGAUUUCGCCACCAUGAAGACUUUUAUAAGAAACGUGGCUGACGGUUUCGACAUCACCAAUGGAAAAGCACAAAUUGGCCUAGCUCAGUACAGCCAUCAAUACACAAGACAUUUCAAUCUCGGUUCAUUCAAAAGCAAAUCGGCAUUCGACAAUGAAAUAGACCAAACCCAACAGAUCUAUGGAAACACUUUAAUAGGAGCCGCACUUGGAAAUGUGAAAGAGUUCUUUACCAGGGCUGCCGGCAGCCGAAAACAUAAGGGAGUUGAACAGUAUUUACUUGUGAUCACUGAUGGAGAAUCGCAGGAUUCAGUCUCGCAGGCAGCUCAAGAUCUCCGAAAAGACAAUAUAAACCUGUAUGCAUUAGGCGUAGGUAGAAUGGAUGCCACUCAGCUCACGGAGAUUGCUGGAAGUCCGGACAGGGUGUAUAAGGUAGACAAUUUUGAUCAACUGGACCACAUUAAAAAGAGGCUUUCCAGAGAUCUAUGUGACCAACCGUUUAAGCCCACCAACUGCAGUGUUGACAUCGCAGUUGGUAUUGACAUUACAAACCAAGCAGUAGGGACAUCAUUACUUUCUGUCCAACAUUACUUGGAUGUAUUCCUCCUCAAUAUUUUACAGGAAAUUAACUCUCCUCAUGAAGUUAGCUGUACUCCUUCAUCGCCAAUACAAAUCAGUUUUGGGUUUAGUAUUAACAACACAGAUAAGGAGUAUAAUACCAAAUUUCAAAACUUUAAAAAAGAUUUCAUUGAUGAUUUGAUAAAACUAAGAGUCAAAGAGCCCUCUCUUCUUAAUAAAGUAUACCUGGAGUCCCUCUGGGAGAAGUUAAAACGUGAAACAAAAUCAAACACCAAGGUCAUACUCAUCUUUACUGACGGACUGGAUGAGAACAUAGAGACACUUGAAGACACUUCUAAAUGGCUGAGAGCACAAGGACUGGAUGCCCUGAUAACUGUUGCCCUAAGAGGAACUUCAGCUAUUGACAAUCUUAAAUAUAUUGAGUUUGGAAGAGGAUAUGAAUAUGAGCCACAGCUGGUCAUUGAAAACCAUGCUACAAGUACAUCCUUAUAUAAAAUAAUUAAUUCACUUGCAGAAAAGUCCUGCUGUGAGCAGUGUUGUAGUUGCUUAGGCAGCAGAGGUCCUCUGGGCCCGUACGGUCUUCCAGGAAGAAAGGGUGCACCAGGUCCUGAAGGGAAUGUAGGCCACAUGGGAGACGAAGGACCACCUGGCACACGCGGGUCUCCUGGGUUGCCUGGCUCAGCAGGAUCGACUGGAUGUGAUGGAUUAAGAGGCUUGAAGGGAGCUAGAGGUUCAUCAGGAGAAAAGGGGCAACGAGGGGAAGACGGACUGGAUGGUAUCCAAGGAAAGGAGGGUGCUAACGGAUUUCCUGGGCAGAAGGGAGAGCAUGGCGUUCCAGGCAGAGUGGGAAGACCAGGCACCAAAGGCAUGCCAGGGGAGAGAGGGGAGCAGGGCCUGAGAGGAGACCCAGGGGUUACUUGCUGGGACAGCAGCGUGUCUGGUGAGAAAGGGCAGAGUGGGCAAGUUGGCACCCCGGGAGAUUCUGGGAUUGAUGGGGGGCCUGGAGAAAAAGGAAGUCCUGGAAAAACAGGCUCCGCGGGUCACAGGGGACAAUUAGGAGAAAAGGGCAACAAGGGAAGUCCUGGCUCAUCUGGUCCUAUAGGCGAAAGAGGAAUAAGAGGUCCUCAGGGACUUAAAGGAGAUGUUGGAGAAAAUGGACCCCCUGGAGAGAAUGGACCAAAGGGGCCACAGGGUGCUCCUGGGAAGCAAGGCCCAGAGGGAAGUAAAGGAGAUGCUGGGGAGAGGGGCAGAAAAGGCGAACCAGGAGAGCCAGGCUUGAAAGGAGAGACUGGUCCAGUUGGCCCCAGAGGAGACCAGGGUGAAGACGGGAAAGAUAAAUUUGGAGUUCCCGGCAAAGCAGGGAAAAAAGGGGAUAUAGGAUUCCAGGGAUUUCCAGGAAUGCAGGGCGCAGUUGGUGACAAAGGAGAAAAAGGAGACAAUGGGCCGAAGGGGAUCCGAGGAAAGAGGGGGGACGGGGGACCUCCUGGUGUUCAAGGCGAUCCAGGGAUCCCAGGAUAUCAAGGACCAAAGGGGCUUAAGGGACAGAGAGGAGAACAGUCAAUGCCAAAAUGUGACCUUAUCAAUUACAUACGUGCAAACUCUGCAUGCGCAUCAGGGAGAAGCGAUUGUCCAGUCUAUCCCACGGAUCUGGUGAUUGCGAUCGACAUGUCAACUGAGGUGACGCCAAAAGCAUUCAAUAAAAUGAGGAACAUAGCUUCUCUGGUCCUGGAUGACCUCUUCAUCAGCGAAAGCAACUGCCCGAUAGGAGCCCGUGUCGCUGUCCUGUCCUACAGCUCUAAUGUGAAGCAGUUGAUACGCUUUGCAGACUACCGCAAGAAAAAGCUCCUCCUGGAGGCCAUCAAAAACAUCGCCUUCCAGCGCUCCGGCAGUCCGCGAGAUAUCGGUGCCGCCAUGAGCUACACGGCAAGACACAUUUUCAAACGCACGCGGAUGGGGGCUCUCGUAAAGAGAAUGGCUGUCUUCCUGACAGACGGGUCUUCCAAAAACACAGAAUCGGUACACACGGGCGUUUUGGAGUUAAACGCCAUGGGCAUCACUACAGUGGUCAUUGCGUCUCGGAAACUUCCUAAUCUUCAGAAGGCCUUCUCGGUUGAGCCUAGCAAUUUUGAGGUGGUCAUCAUACAAGAGCAGAAUCCGAAAAGGGCUUUGUCCGAAGUGCGGCAGUGUUACUUUUGCUAUGAUGAGUGCAGUCCAGACCCAGCCUGUAACAGGCAACAGGGCGGGCCCCCUAUCAUCACCCAGGAGGUGGACGUGGCUUUCCUGCUCGACGGCUCCCAUCAGAUGGCCGGCGAUGAAUUCGAAAGGGCGGCGGACUUCCUCCAUGCCGUGCUGAAUUACUUUGCCGUCGGCGACGAGCUCCACCCUUCCACGAGACUGGCUCUCUUCCAGUCGAGCACCGGCCCGGAUCCCAUCCGCGUGAUCUUCGGCUUCCCCAGCCGCGACAGUCUGUCGCAGAUGAAGAGGAAAGUCCGACAGGAACUCCACCACCUGCAGAGCUCGUCUGGUGUCGGGAGCUCCUUGCAGUGGAUCGUUAACAACUUCUUCACGGAAGCUGCCCGUCCCAGACGUGCCAAAGUGAUAUUCACCAUUCUAGGCGGGAGGUCCGAGCUUUCGUUGAGGGAGAAACUGAAAGAGGUGUCCCUCAAGGCCAAGUGCCAGGGGAUCGUCCUCUUUACACUAGCGUUUGGGAGGGGUGCCAGCAAUGCCGAGGUGGAGCAACUGUCCGCCCUUCCUGUGAGUCAGCACUCAUGCCAUGUGGGAAGGGUUGUAGAGCCGGACAUUGAAUAUGCACUGAAGUUCACCUGGACGUUCUUCCGUCAGCUGGCAGAAAAAAUCAAUAUGUAUCCUCAUAAAAGUCUUGCACCUCAAUGUAGAAAGCUUAAUGUCCAGCUACAGCCACAAGGUGAUGAUGCACAGGUCUUCUCAGCAGAAAGCACGAUUCCUAUGACUGAAGAACAGCAGAACAAAAGCAAGGAUUUUAAGAAAAACAGAACUGUAACACAAACAUCACCUUCCAUUCCUGAUCGCUGCUUACUGACAGUUGAGUAUGGUACAACUUGCAAAGGACUUCAAAGGAUAAGGUGGUAUUACAACAAAAGUAGAAAGAACUGUUUGCCGUUCUGGUAUGGUGGCUGUUUUGGGAAUGAAAACCGAUUUAUUUCAAGGGAAAUGUGCCUUAGGAUAUGUACUUCACAAGACGUUAAAAUUAAAAUGUAAAAAUGACAAAUCUGCCCAGCAGGAAAAAAAGGUGAUCCUUGAAGAAAAUUGGAAAAAUGUGACCACCGAACAUGAAAUUGUCAACAUUAAUGAUUUCUAAUGAGGUUUCAGACAAAGGAGUGGUUAUGUAUCUGUAGCCUAGUAAACCUGUUGAAAAAGCAGUACCUCCUCAAAAAAAUGUGCGCUGUUGUACACAAAAUGUCAUAGACAAAGUAAUUCUUCCCUUCAUGAUCUUCCAAUAUCUUCCAAACAACAGUUAUAAAUACUGAACAUUAUGCCAUAAGUGGGAAGUUCAGUUUAAUUGUCCUUCUGUGAUGAAGUAAAAGUCUGACAUUAACAUUUAAUAUUUUUACUUAUAUUACACAGUAAGAAACCAUACUUUUUACUUAUUUAGGACUUUUGUUUAUUAAGACCUUCACUAACAUUAAAAAAAUCAUUAACUUUUUAUUUAAAACAACAUACAGUUAAAGAUACUCCUUUUAGUUCUGUAAGAGGAAACGCUAGCCAUGUACAGGAAGUUCGUUCAAAAGCUCCAACAUGAAUUCACUUUGUAUGGUGAAUUAGGGUUGACUGGUCUCUGACUAGUCACAGCUGGGGAUAGAGGAGAGACAUUGAAAAUGGUAACCAGCAACAGCACAGAAUUUCAGCCGUUUCUCAGGCACUCAGAGUUUACCGUUAUCAUAACUGCUUACCCUGUUCUGCCUGGAUGUUUCUUUCCACACGUGUCUGUGUACAGCUAAGGGUGUGUAUGUUCACCCUUCUGAGUCCAUGUGGUGUGCUGGGUCAGCUGCUGCCUAACACCAAGGAAGGGCCGGAUAGAAUCAAUAUUUCUGUGUUCUGUAGAACAAACAUUUCUAACUCCUGAUAACUGUGCAGUGCAAAACACCGAAAUAAGCAAAGUCUUUCCUAGUGUGAGGUGCUGCUGCUUCAACCAUAUUGGUCAACCCUGAUACGGUGCUAAAAGUAAUGUUGGGAAAUGUUUUUUUUAUGGAUUGUGUCCUGUACAAAGUUCAGAGCCAAGACACAGACACUGUUCCUAACUCAGAUUGUCUUCUACACGUAGACACAGCCGUGCACUUUUGAACAUGAAAAUCCCUGACCCCAGUCUGAUUAGUGGCUCAGUUGGUUAAAAGCCCCUGUGUGGAUGUGCAGAGUAAGUCCAGCUGGCGCCAAGUGUGGCUUCCGGUCCGGACCUCGUCCCUGAUUGCUAGCAACAGCUUACAGUUGCUGAUGAGUCUUCCAGUGUUGGUCACAGUGGAUUUAGCUGGAGACUGUGAAGGCCACCUUCAGAACAUGGAGCAAUUCAGGAGUUGUUAAAUGAAAUGUAAUGUUUUAGGGGAAAAUUUAAAAUGCAUUUUAAAAAAAGUCUUUGUGAUAUAUAUAUACUGUAUAUCAACUCCAGUUACCUACUUUUAAGUGAUUUUGAGUUUGUGAAAUACAGUUUUUGAAUGUUAACAAAAUGCUGCAGCCCAUCUUAAUGUUCAAUGCACUAAAUUAAAAUACCUGUUGGUCAUUUACAUAAAAAUGUACAUAAUGGAUACGUACAAGACAAUAGAUUAAUGCCUAUGUUUCUUCACAAAAAUAAAAUUAAUCUAACUAAAGAAGCAUGUAUUUUGCAAGAAA